UAUUGGUAAUUCGGAAGACAAUAUUCUCUUGAUUUUGGUUGUCGUCGGCCGUCCUCCACCUACCUUGCUGCUACUACGUCGUCCACAACCCUCCUCUCCCAUUGCCAUCUGGUGCUCCCAUCUGACAUUGUCGCAAGCUCCCUAUGUGGCACCCCCUAGAGGUGAUGGCGAGGGGCUUUAACCACCGGGUUGACAAACAAUCUUUGGUGAGGAGUUCAACUAAUGACAAUGUGAGUGAUCCAUCUACAGAAAAGACCGUGAGGGGGCGCACCAAACUGAAAAGGCCCCGCAAUGGUCAAAUUGCCAUCUUACCUCUUGGUGAUAAACAAUUUGUGUAUGUGAAUUACUCACUGGAUGAUAAGAUGAAAAAAGGACCAAUGCUUGGCGCAAUUCUGAAACAUGAAUACCCACCUAUCAUUGUGGAGAAAAAUAGUGCUGGAGUGGAAGUUGAACGCCAUGCAUUUUAUUGGCGGGAUUAUUAUAUGAUGGAGAGGGAAGACGAUGGGACAACUGAUGUAGAUCGCGUGAAGGAGGAGUUCUGGAGUAUCUAUUCAGUGGGUGAACAUCUUGAAGAUGAGGCUGAACGUGAACAACUUGAAGAAGAGGCGGAUCAUAUCUUUGAAAAAUACGCAGCCAACCAAUGUAGGAACAUGAUGUACCAAGCUCGUGUGGAUGCAGUGAAAUAUUUCUUUAGAAAAAUAUUGAGUCGGCCUAUCAAGGAUCCACUAGCGCGGAAAAAAGAACUUACUUUCGAACAAUACUUGAAGUGCAAACUUGAUUGGAUCACAGAUGAGUCCUGGGGGUCACUAUGUCAAUAUUGGUGCUCUGCUGGGUACAGAAAGAAACGGAAGCUGGGGCAAGAUUCACGCUAUAAAUCAGAAGAUGUAGCUCAAAACAGGGGUGGUUCAAGGCCACUUGGCGAGACCCAACAAUAUCUGAAAGUCAAGUAUGGACCUGAGAAAGGCACUAUCAUAAACACUUAUUGCUGCAUGAAGGCUGGUCUUAAAAAUUGUGAUAGCAGUGGGAAUAGCGGUCCAGUCACAAGCGGAUGUGCCACAAAACGUGUUGUAUGUUUUAGUACCGAUUUUUUUUAAUACUUAUAAACUUGUUUGCCAUGAAUGUUAACUUCUAUUAUUUUAAAGGAUGAUUACAAUGAAGGCCUCCAAGCUGCGUAUCCAACUGAUUGGCAGCAAAGACCUUUUGAUGGAAAAGUUAUGUAUAACACCUUAGGUGGCAUGCCUCAUGGUCGUAUGGCAAUAGCAGAUGGUGCUCUGAGGAAGGCUGACAUUGUGUAUGCUGCAAGGGCAAGUAACAUUAGGCCAUCCAACUCCAUAUCUUACCAAAAUCUCAAGAGAAGAUUUGAUGAGGCAAUAGAGGUCAAUCGGAACUUAGAAAAAGACAAUGAAGUGUUAAAGAAAGACAAUGCAGUGCUGGUUCGGCGUGUAAAUCGUUCUGAUCAUCUAAUUGAGGUCCUUUAUAGCAAGCUUGAGAUGGAGAUACCAGAUGAUGUUCCUGAGCAACAAGCAGAUGAGACGGGUGCUGCUGUAGAUGGAUCAUCUCAUGCUUCAGAAGAUAUCCACAACAACAUUUCUGAAGAGGUGGACUAGCCCUUGUCAACACUUGCUGCAGAUUUGGAAGAUUUUUUUGUGGAUGCACAUAUUUUGUCAUGCGAUGGAUGGAGAACUAUGGUUGGAUGGCUGCUAGGGUUGAAUUAACCUUUUGAGUGAACCCACUGAUUUGUGCCAUGAACUAGCUAAUUUCUUGCACGUUGUGUGUGUUAGCCAAGUUAUGGCAGAUUUGAAAAAUUUGGUAAACAUAGAUGUAUGUUAGGCAAGUCAUGGAAGACUUGCAAAAUCUGGAAAACAUUGAUUUGGUCAUGAACUAGCAUGGCAAGUUUGUUUAGAUGAAAUUUGAUUAUUGGACACGA